AUGGCUUCGCCAGGAAAGUUGGUGACCAAAUUUACCAACGGUUACCUGCUGAAGAAUGGUCAAAUCGUCCCCGGAGAUCUUUGGAUCUCCUCCGAAACAGGACAAAUCAUCAGUCCACAGUCGGCUUUUUACUCCUCUCACCUAACUCCAGACAAGGUUGUUGAUCUCGACGGAAGGAUAAUAUCUCCAGGGUUCAUCGAUGUGCAGAUAAAUGGCUGUUACAACUUCGACUUCUCUAUGCCUGACGCAGAAUACGCACCAAAGUUGGCACAUACACAUCGGCAAAUGAUAAAGACCGGACUUACCUCUUAUGUUGCCACCGUGAUCAGCACCAGGCCAGAAUCAUAUCAUUCUGUAUUGCCUCAUCUGGGUCCCUCUGGGAAGGAUCGAGAUCCUGGCAAAGGAUGCGAGAGUCUGGGUGCGCAUGUUGAAGGACCUUUCCUCUCGCCAGUACGGAAUGGAAUUCACAACCCUGACGUUUUACGUGAGGCUCAUUCAUGGUCCGAUAUUGAAGAGUGCUACGGUGCCUCGAAUCUCCGGAACAUCCGCUACAUCACAGCUGCACCCGAGGUUGGCAAAAUGAUGUCUCUAAUUCCCGAAUUUGUGUCCCGAGGCAUAGUUGUGUCCAUAGGUCACUCGGAUGCCACAUUUGAGCAGGCACAAUCUGCUAUCGCUGCCGGAGCCUCGAUGGUUACACAUUUGUUCAAUGCCAUGCGUCCCUUUGGGCACAGAGAGCCCGGUAUCUUUGGGCUGCUAGGUCAAUCGGCUCCAUCUACGCCUGUCGCGACACCGAAGCAUAGUCGCCCGGGCAGCGCAUCGACCUCCCCUCGGGGCUCGCCCAGGUCUUCGAGACGGUCCACACCCCGCUCUAGCUUGAGCAUCAGCACAUCUGCCGCAGACCUGGAGAAGGAGGCUCGAUGUGUGCAGCCUUUCUACGGGCUCAUUGCUGAUGGCGUACAUCUAUCUCCACAAGCGUUGAAAAUUGCUUACUCGGCUCAUCCGCAGGGCGCUAUCCUGGUGACAGAUGCCCAAAAGUUUGCCGGAUGCCCCGACGGGGUGUAUGAUUGGCGGGGAGAGGACCGUUUCGUCAAAGAGGGCAAGGUUCUGAAGCUGGAAAGCAACGGACGCAUUGCCGGCAGUGUCGUCGAUCUGAUCGACUGCGUCAACAACUUCAUGCGGUUCACAGGCUGUGGGUUGGCCAAGGCACUGGAAUGCGUGACGAGCACGCCAGCGAAGAUGUUGGGCAAGGAUGUCGAAAAGAGCAAAGGAAGACUUGAGGUCGGCAUGGAUGCGGAUCUUGUGAUCCUUGAUGAAGCGCCGGAUGGAGACUUGUCGGUGCAUCAAGUUUGGAAGUUUGGAGUUCAAGUGGUAUGA